GCAGCGGAGGAGGAAAGGAGGAGAGACUGCUGAGGAGGAGACAGAGGGGACCCUGAGACAACACGUCCCACGCCAGAGCCAGACAGCCAGGGAACUUUGAUUUGACGCCAAGUAGCCUGCGAUGAAAAUGACGAUGAAGAGAAAGAGCCACGUUUCUUGUUCUUGGGAGGUUUAGAUGUGUCGGGCGUGUGCAACAUAUGAUGUCCUUGGACUCAUAUGCUCAAUGAAGGUUUAUUUGUCUGUGAUUUCGCUCCUCAAUUUGCUGAUGGUGCCGCUUCGUUGUGCCUGCACUUAGGUCAGCCGAAUGCAUUUGAAGGCAGUCUGAGCGCAUUGUUUCCAGCUCCGUUGCUUAUGGGAUUUCCAGCCGUGAUGUCUGCAAUAUUUCGCUCUUUGUUUCUGGUUCUAUUCAGCCUACUGUCAGUGGGUGCCCAGACGGAGAUGAAGAAGGUCGUUGGGGACAAUGCCACCUUACCAUGCCACCACCAGUUCCCGUCAUCCAGCUCUCUUGACAUUGAGUGGCUACUGCAGAAACCAAACUCCAAACAGAGAGUGAUCAUUACCUUCUUUGGGGGCCAGGUGUACACCAAUGAGGCGACGGGCAGUGAGGCCAGCCGUCUGUCCUUUGCUGGGGAGUACCUGGGUGGAGACGCCUCCCUGCUGAUCAGUGACCUCCUGCUGACUGACUCUGGGGAAUACUACUGUAAAGUCAAGACUGGGGGAAAGUACCACUGGAGCCAGGUCAACCUCAUUGUGCUGGUCAAACCCUCCAAGCCAAGGUGCUGGAUGGAUGGCAAACUCCUGGAGGGCAGUGAUGUAAAGCUGAGCUGUAAGUCCAGCGAUGGUUCUGACCCCAUCAGCUACAAGUGGGAGCGAGUAUUGGACAAAGGCAAGAGUCUGGGGAAAUUGCCAAACCUGGCACUGAUAGAUCUCAAGAACCCAGAGAUUGUGACCCUGAGGAAUCUCACCAUGGACAGCACAGGCGUCUACAGGUGCACAGCGAGCAAUGACGUGGGAGAGGAAAACUGCACCAUUGAGGUCACAAUGCAGCAUGUGAGGGAUGUAGGUAUGGUAGCCGGUGCAGUGGUGGGAAUAUCCCUUGGUGUGCUUAUUGUCAUAUUAAUCAUCUGGCUCGUCUUCCGGAAGAAGGAGAAAAAGAAAUACGAGGAGGAGGAGACUCCAAAUGAGAUCAGGGAGGAUGCAGAGGCUCCCAAGGCCAAGCUCGUGAAGCCCAACUCCCUGUCCUCGUCCCGUUCUGGCAGCUCACGUUCCGGCGCCUCCUCCACUCAGUCCAUGGUGCACAACAGUGCCCAGCGUGGUCACCGCCCCCGUCCACCAGCUGUAGCAGCUCUCAAGGAAAACGGACAGCCUCCAGGCUUUCCCCAGUCCCCUCCAGCCUAUACUACAGUGGUGCCCUCCAAGACCCCCGAGCCCCCUGUCACUCCCAAAUUCAACUCCAGGAACAUGUCUGGGCCAACACCCCCAACCCUCAUGGUCCCCGCCCAGACGAAGGCCUUUCAGACUGUGUAGGACUGAAAGCCAACCACUUCCUGCAGCCAUGUGAGACUCCCAUCCCAGUCCAAACCCUCUAGCCCCCUUCCAAAGACUAAGACUCUUCCAUAAACAAAGAAAUGCAACUAGUUAAAAGGAUGUAAUUAAAAGAAUCAAUACUAUAAGUCCAAAAGUACUUUUCAUGAAUGCAUACUUAAAAAGGGAAAAUAAGACAAGCUUGCCCCCUACUGAAUUACAUAAAACAACAAAAGAAAAAACAAGAUGCGAGAUGCAACACUGCUUGUGUCUCAUGGCUAAAGGCAGAACUUAUUUUCUGAGUUCUUUCUUUUGGCUUUUGAAGGCACAUGGAAGCACCAUGUUCAGCGAGGUAGAAGGGGCCCCCUUGUAGAGCUUUUAUUUAUUUAUCAAAUCAAAGGGUUAGUCAUGCAGUGGAGGGGAGGGGAAGGGAAACAGCAUCGGCUGGAUAAGUAGAUCCAAACUCUGAGCCUGGUACCAACGGAGUCAUACAGCUGUUGAGCUUUGGUUGUCGACAAAUACAAGAUGGAUACAAGUGGGGCGGAAACGAGGAUGAAGAAAGUGCAAGAGUUCAAGACAACGACUGCUUUUUUUGUCUUUUUUUCUGAGAGGGGGGUGUGAUUCUCUGAUUCAUGUCACCCUGCGCUCCGACUUGCUGCCUCCAGCACCUGCUCUGAAACCACAAACCCCUUUGCCUCCCAUGGGCUGGGCCAAUUGUGCCCAUCCAUGUAGACAGACACAGUGUGCGGCGUGUGCAUCAUCUGCCUCAGUGCUCCCGGCCUUUUGUGCUCACGUAACGAACCCGUGGGAAACCACAGCAGUCCUGAGACUGACUCAGCUGGCUCACAAACAGCUCAUCUGCUUUACCAAUCAGCAGGGGAAACUUCAGGUACAUGGAUGUAGCACUGACAGUUGAGUCAAAUCAAUGGAGUUGUUAAAACCCUGCCCACAUCCUGUCUUCAUCUACGGACAUCCUUUUCUGGUACUGAAUAUCUUCCCUGAAUAAUUAAAUAGUAUGUAUUAGGCCUAUAGCAAGUCAAUACUUUAAAUAUAGGGGAUAAGCAUCUAUUAGACCAGCUGGACUUUCUUUUAUUUUGUGUCUCUUCUCUCUGAACAGGUUGUAAAGGGUGACAGACAGCUAUUCAUUCCAUUCCAUUCAUCCAUAUUAAGAAGUGCCACCAAUCCCUAGGAUGGGUUAUUGUUGCUUUUUUUUUUACUCUUUUGUUUACCUGCUACAUUUAUGAACUGAAACCAAAAUCUGUCACCAUGAAUGUGUGAUGUACAAAGAUGGUGGAUCCCAUUUGUCAGCUUCCUGUAAAGGUACUGAAUCAAUAUUCAAGCUAAGGCACAAAGAAUUGACCUUGACGUUCAAUUUUACAAUUACUAUGUCUGUCUGAAUGAAGGGAGCGAGGAGAAUGAUUCGGUUGACUUCAGUUGUAUAGGGCGUGUAUGGUAUCAUUGUCAGUACUCUCACUGGAUCCAUAACGAUGGAGUGGUACGUGAUUGCUGUCUCACUAAAUCACCCGGUCCUGCUUGGUUAUUGGUCGAGCUGUGCUAUCAGCCAAUCCCCAUUUGUCGUAUCCUCAGUCAGACCCAGUGCAGUUUGAUUGAAAGUAUCUGAAAAUAAAGGGCAAGUAGCCUGUCUAGUGUGCCUUUGCAAUCCCUCUUCGUUUUGAUGGUUUCUUUCUUUGUCCUUAUCUUCAGCACCCCAGUGGUUCUCUGUUCACAUCCGGCUUUAAGGGUCAACAGUAGGAAAUGCUGAGAGAUACAACUUCAGAAACUUGUCCUAGUAAUAACAGAUGCAGUCUAGGGAGCACCAAGCAGAGUGACUUAUCCGUAGUGAGAAAGCAAUCCCAUGCCAUGGGACAAUGUACUGUACAUUCUGUAAUCAGUCUUGUUUUAUAUUGUACAUACAAAUAGAUAUACGCACAUGAUGUCAUUUAAUUUAAUAAAUAAAGGUAUGUGGGGGGAGAUAUACCGCUUACAAAAGAGUCAAAUUGGAUCCAAAAGUGAAUUUAAACCUUGUGUUUUUGUACACAUGUUGUGUAAUAAGUGAAGCCGCCCUAUUCUAAUAUCACUUUUGACUUUAAACUCAGUAUUCAUGUCCAACAACAUAUGUAAUAGAAGGUACAAGUCUAGAAUAGAAAAUACAAUCUUGUCGAAAGCAAGAUACCUUCACAGCUACUGGCCAGAUUCUCAUGAGAUGUUGUAUGGAUUUUAUUGAUCCCUUAAGAAUAAUUCCUCUGAUUUUAGUGACGGUGACCUUUUCCUCCAGCACCACCACUGGGUCAGAUUUUCCCUUGAUCAGAAAUUUGGCAUUGACAUAUCACCAGAUUUCCAUAAUAAAAACGUAUCUAUAGUCAACACGUAAUGAAUAUUUUGGUGAACCCUGACCUUUAAUCUGGCAUGCCAUUCAACUAAGAUUUCCCCUUCAAUCAAGAUUAAAUUGAUUGAUUUGAAAUUUAUUGAUUUGAUUGAUUGAUUGACUUGUGCAUGAGAUAUAUUAAAAUCCAGUGGCAGAUUGCCAUAAAAAUGUGUGAGCAUGUUCAUACUAUCAAAGGAAAUGAGCUGUUUUUAUUUUAGUGACUCCAUGGCCUUUACUCUCAGGACAAACUUUUUAAGCUCCACUACUGGUUCUACGACGAGCAAAUUAUCAGUAUGUCCAAGAAUAUUAUAGCGUGUAAUGAACAUUGCUAUUCUCUCUGGGCCGGUAGCAGGGCUUUAGUGUUGUUUCACUUAUAAAUAUUAAUUUACACACAAAAUUAAAAACUGUCUGAUAAGAUGAAGUAAUUCAACCUCAAAAGUUUUGAAAACCAACAUCUGUCUGAAAAGCACAUGUGGUUUGACUUCACAUGCAGGAUUUUACAUGUGACUUAACUGUAAGGGAAGAUACUAAGAAAAAUGCCUUUUAUAUUCAACUAGAGACAGCAGUUCAUAUUUGAGCAGGGAAGCUACUGUGUGUGUGUGUGUGUGUGUGUGUGUGUGUGUCUGUGCGUGCUUGCAUGCAUGCAUGCAUGUUUGUGAAUGUGUGUGGGCGUGUAUGUGUGGGUGUGUGCAUGUAAAUUCAGUAUAAGCCCUUGGGCCACACCCACACAUUCUCAUGUUAGCCAUUCAAUGAGUGAGAAGGAUCCAGGAAUAAUCGGGCAAAGUAACCUCUACCCAAAUUAAUAUGACUGCAGACUGGCAGUGUUCAUUUUAGUUUUCACUGACUUAUAUGCCUAUUGCACUUGGCUUCACAGACAGCAGUCAUGUUUUUGCUUGUGGGGGUGGUGUCUCAAGACAAAGCAUGUCCAUAAUUCAUAACUAUCGUCAGUUCUGGAGGCCACUUGUACACUCCCUCCCUUCUCUUGCUGUCUCUUAACAUAAAACACACUUGGCCCUGGAUGCACUAAUGGCAUCUCAAGGCAUACACAAACAGUUGUAUAUACACACACAUAAACAGGUACACAUGGCACAUUCAGGUCCACAUGGAAACACAGGUGUGUGCUUCAUGCACAGUCACAGUUGCACAUGCACACAUGCACUCAAACAAAAACAAAAGCCCAAACAGCAAUCCUUGUUAUUUGUGCUCCUUCAGAAUCAAUUUGAUGGAUUGAAUGUCUGGAGGUAUUACGACUGACUGAUGGAACCAGGAUACUAAAUGCAGCACAGAAAGGGACACUUUAUCACCCAAGGGACAUCUGCACACACACACACACACACACACACACACACACAGAUAUACAAAAACAGUUACUGUAAAACAAAACACACAGACACAUGCAUGCAAACACACAUGCACCCGGAAAGAUAGACACUGCUAUGCAACAAUCUGCAUAGCAUCUGCUCCAAGACGUUCUUCAUGGGACAGUAGUACUGGGAAUCAGGAGAGGUAUAACAGAAUUGAUAUUAAGCCAGGGCUGUAGGCUCUUGCCAUUGAAAUAUCCUCCACCACAGAUGAAAGUAGCAGUUGAGGUGGAGGAUGGGAUGCAAGUCUUCCAGCUGUUAAAUUCCUCCAAGCUUUUUGAUUUGCUUUCCAGCAACUGCAAGUCUCAGGUGGCAGAUUCCCCAGUUUAUGAGCCCUCACAUUGCAUCUCUCCUCUCAUGUGUGCAGCUUUGUGCCCUGACAAAACUUGCGCUCUUUCCAACAAAUGGAUUUUAAGGAGCUUUUGUCAGUUCAGUAGAGAGUGGAGGAGGAAAGUCUUAACACACCUCAGUGUCAGCAGCACAUUCAAUACCAUUCUUUAAAACAGUAUCCAUCAGCACUAUAUAUUGUCUUGUUGUCAACACUCAAAGGUGCAGUAAACAUGAAAUCAUUCAUAGUUAUCCUGCGUUAUAUGAUAGUAGUAUGAAUCUCGUGUAGCCACAAUGUUUCAUGUUCUAUUAAGCAGUUUUAUUUCCGAUUAAAGCUGUGGAGCAGGGCAAAGUGAUGCUCAGACCUUGUGGUUUGGCCUUGUAUGCCAGUAUAGGGAAUGUGAUGUAUUGUUACUUUUGAGAGAGGAGAUGGAUGGGGCUGUAGUCAACCUCAAGAAUGAAAGCAAAGGUACCUGCAUGUCAUAGGAGAUUGAGCAGACGAAAGGGAAUGCUUUGCUUUGAUGUAACAUAACUGUAUUCGGCUAAAAAUAGUUAAAAAAUAAAUAAAGAUAAUCUACAAUUGUAAAUAUAUUCACAGAAAAUUUUAUGAAGCUUUAUUUUGUCUUCUUUAUUUUGAAUUUAUCAUCCAUGUACUUUGCACUUUUUUGUGUGCUGUGCUCAUCACCGGUCUGUGUGGGAUCUGUGUGGUUGGCUGUUUCUCUUGACUACAUUGUUUCGAUGUCAGGGGGAGACACGCUCAGCGCGGCGUUACUAAAGGGAAAUGUAUGACACUUUUGUUUUCUUUUACUCUCAUCUCUUUUUCUGCUGUGGCUUCUCUUUGGUUUUGUAAAACAGUUUGUUCGUUUGAUGAAAACAAUCCAUGUAAAUAUCACAAGUAAAAAAUGUAUAUUUUUACGACUUCUGAGUUAUUACUCUUUCAUUUGCAAAUAAAAUAUUCAAUGACUACUUAA